AUGAGUGAAACUACAGAGCAUAACAUCUACGAAGGCGGAGAAGUAACCUUCCUCGUCGAGGAAGAUCCCACCGCUGCAUCAACCCCAUACCCGACCAUCAAGGCUGAAGACUCCGACACCCUCGCCAUGCAACUCUCCAACGUCGCCAUCUCCGAGUGCCCUCCCCGCAAGAGAACCAAGCACUCGCAUGCUACUCAGGAGCAGGCCACUCCCAGCACGCGGUCCAGACCCAAACCCAACUCCCAUAGUCCUCCCCAGACCAGAGCCAACCACCACCACAACCCCAAGCACAAACUCCCCGCCCCGCCUCCCACCAUCCACACAAUCCACGCUUCCAAAACCCACCUAGCAAGCGCAUCCCCCUUCUUCUCCCGCAUGCUCGCCAGCCCGCACUGGACCGAAGGCCAAACCCUCACCCAAACAGGCCACCUCACCCUAACAGUCGACUGGCCACUGCCCCCCUUCCUCCUCCUCAUGCGGAUCAUCCACCACCAAACCCACCCAUGGCCCGAGAAGGUCGACUUCGCCACGCUAGUCGACCUAACCAUCAUAGCCGAUUACUACGGGUGCGUGCCCGUCGUCAAGUUCUACGUGAACUCGUGGCUAGACAGGCUGGAGCGCCGGCUGCCGCGGCGGUACACCGAGGAGACCGUGAUGCAGUGGAUCUUCGUGGCCUGGGUGUACGGCCGCGAGAACGUGCUGCGGUGCUGCACGCGGAUGGCGAUCGAAAAUGCCACGGAUACGGUGCGGGCGGAUGUGUACGGGUUGCCUGUCAGUUGUAGAAUCAUCGAGAGCAUCAACCACUGGCGCUGCAGGGCGAUCUUCCGCGUGCGGAGGGCGCUGAAGCACAUGCGGAGAGAGUUUCUUGAGGAUCUGCGCGGCGAGGGCUUUGAUACGAAUGCUACGCGGCUGGGGGCGUUGGAUAUCAACUGCCAUCGGGGCCGGAUCCGGUUGCGGGAGGAGUUUGAGGAAGAUCACGAGGACGAGAAGGACGAGCCGUACGUUGGGGAAAGCUAUCGCGGGCUCAUUACGAAGAUCGAGAGGUGGCAGAAUCCGACCGGGUUUGAUCUCCGUGCCGCAUUAGAUUUGCCCAUUGUCAUUCAGGGGAUGACUUGGAGGGUGAUUAGGGAGUAUCCUUAUGCUAGAAGGGCUGUGUGA